GCUGGUCAUUGAAGCACAUGUUCUACAUUGGUUUUAAAGAACCUGGCGUUUGAAUGUUCCUUUGUCAAGAUUAACACUGAGGUCAUCAUGCACAGAGUAUGGGCUUUGUUCAAAUCCCAUCCAUACAUUCCUAAUGUAGUGGGAUACACAGCACUCUUUGCCACAGCAGAUCUUAUUCAGCAAAGUGUGAUGGGAAAAGCACAGGACAAAGAGACAGAACAAGAAGAACAAAAAACAUUGAAGACAUCCAUUGAGAGAUUUACUGUAUCGGAAGAAGGAAAGACAAAUGAUUUAACACUGUACAAUGCCAAAACAAAUGACGCAGAAAAUCAAGCCUCGAGUCAAAUGCAACAUGUUCCACAGUUUCAUAGAAGUUUCAUUGACUGGUCCCAGACUGCGCGAGUUGCAUUGGUUGGGUUUUGUUUCCAUGCUAACUUCAAUUACCAUUGGCUACGGGGACUAGAGAGGAUGUUUCCAGGAGGAGGAACCAAGAGAGUGUCACUUAAAGUGUUUUUGGACCAGCUAAUUGCUGCCCCUAUGACGAUAAGUGCUUUCUACGUUGGGCUGAGCACACUGGAAGGCGCAGAAGAUCCCUUUGAAGACUGGAAAAAUAAAUUCUGGACCUCAUAUAAGACUGGAGUGGUUUACUGGUCAACAAUGCAGGCUGUGAACUUCUCCCUGAUCCCACCAGCGGCUCGCACUGUUUUUGUUGGAGUAGUCGCUCUCGGCUGGACCAUCUUUCUGUGUCAUUUUAAGCAUCAGUGACUUCCUGAGUUAGGUUUUUUUCUUAAACCUAACUUAAUGUGCAUAUCUGCAGCUAUGUACAUAGUACACAGUAAAUAAAAAAAUACAUUAAAGCUUGUUUGUUUUUUAAGCAAAUAAGUUUUAAACAACUGUUAUUUUUAUUUGCAGUGAAAAAAAUGAAUCUUUUAAAUCACAGGUUUAAAACUCAGUUCUUGGAGGGCCACAGCUUUGCAAAGUUUAGUUCCAACCCUAAUUAAACAUAUCUGAUCAAACUAAUUAAGUGCUUUAGGCUUGUUUGAUACCUACAGAUAGGUGUGUUGAAGCUGGGCUGGAACUAAAUUCUCCAGGGUUGCGGCCCUCCAGGAAUUGAGUUUGACACCACUGUUUUAAAUGGGUCAAAUUAUGCUACAUAAUAAAAUCUCUGUUUUUUUUUACCCAUGAUAUACUUUAUUCUAACAAAAUAACAUUUGUUAUGUGAAUUUGUAUUUAAUGCUUAUAAACUACUUCAAAUGUAAUUAUUGAAUCAAUAUUAUGAAUGUUUAAGUGGAACUGUUGGAUGUAUUUAUUUUUAAAAUGGUUAUCAAAAGCAGUGCAUUCCUAUAAGCUAUUAAGUGUUUAGUAAAAUAAAAUAACACAGGGUGUAUGUGCAAGAGACUGUGUCUCAGUCUUUUUUUAACAGACAGUUUUAUACCCAUCAGUGCACAAACACUCACAUUUGUGCCAAUCUCCAGGAAAGAUAAAUUUCUGUUGGGAAAGAAAAGAUCUUGUUAUGGUCUUCUAACUCCUUACUAGAAAUGCUACAAUGUAUCAGGCUUUGGCCUUGCCAGUUUAACAGAGGCCAGCUAGUAAGUGCUGUGCAAGUAAACCUCACUCCUCUGACCUCUAAAAGGUGCUCUGUCUAGCGGGUUGGGUGGUGUAGGACUGGCGGGGUUACAUCGGCGCCAAACUGUUUCUGUCUGCAUUCUAAAAAAGCUCUAAAAAAUUGUU